UUGAUCUCUUCCCCCCACCACCCCUUAAUGGAUUCACGGGAAGCCCCACCUCCGCCGCAGCAACAGCAACAGCAACAGCCCAACAUCAUGGUGGGCCCCAAUUCCUACUCCUCCCCCAUCCCCAACGCCCCCUCCAUAAACCCCAACAACACCACCUCCGCCGCCAACAACAACAACAGCAGCAGCAAUAACAAUAACAACAGCUCCUCCGCGAUGAUGGGUGGGCCCAAUUCGGGUCGGUACCCUUUCAACCCGGUGGCCCAACAGCCGCCAUCGAAGCCACUCGAUUCCAUGAGCCCCAGCCCCUUCGACGGAUCGCUGCGGCCGUCCGGCAGCGGCGGGUUUAGCAUCGACUCUUCUUCGACUGCCUCCGCCGGGAAGAAGAAGCGCGGGAGGCCCAGGAAGUACUCUCCCGACGGCAACAUUGCCUUGGGAUUGGCGCCAGCUCAGGUUUCUGCGUCUGCUCCGGUCGUCGUUCAUGGAGAGUCCAGCGCCACGAUGUCGUCGGAUCCCCCUGCCAAGAAGAACAGGGGAAGGCCGCCGGGCUCCGGAAAGAAGCAGCUGGACGCUUUGGGAGCUGGUGGAGUUGGGUUCACGCCUCAUGUCAUUAUGGUGCAACAAGGGGAGGAUAUAGCAAAUAAGGUUAUGAACUUUUCGCAGCAAGGACCUCGCACAGUUUGUAUCCUUUCUGCAAAUGGUCCAAUCAGCAAUGUUACCCUUCGCCAGCCAGCAAUGUCCGGUGGUACAGUCACAUAUGAGGGUCGAUUUGAGAUUAUUUCACUGUCAGGCUCCUACUUGUUCUCCGAAAAUAAUGGUAACCGCAGCAGAACUGGUGGUUUGAGUGUGUCCCUAGCAGGUUCUGAUGGUUCAGUGCUGGGUGGUGGAGUUGCAGGCAUGCUAUUGGCAGCAGGCCCGGUACAGGUAAUUGUGGGUAGUUUUAUUGCGGAAGGGAAAAAAUCUAGCUCCAAUCUGCUAAAAUCCGGACCUUCUUCCCCACCACCAGCUCAAAUGUUGAACUUUGCUGCACCUAUGACAGCAGCUAGCCCUUCCUCUCAAGGAGGAGGCUCAACUGAGUCGUCGGAUGAGAAUGGUAGUAGCCCGCUUAACAAGACACCGCCUGUGCUUUACAGUAACCCUAGUCAACCCAUGCAUAGUAUGCAGAUGUAUCAACUAUGGACCAGCCAAACUCAACAGUGAAGAUCCUGCUUCUCAGUUAAAUUAGUACAGCGCAUUGGAGUAUUUGAGUGUUUGACUUCAUUAUUCUUAGUGGAUGUAGCGGUCAGAGUCGAAAUGCUAACAUGCAUUGCCCAAAAUAAUUCAGACGGGUGUUUAUGCAAGUUCUUCUAGAUUGGUUUUUUCUUGAUGUCGUUCGAGGUAGUUAACACUUUUUCUUCCCUCCAUAUGAUGGUUAAAACAUGGCUAUGUUGAUAGCUGACAAUAUGCCACCUGUCACUUAGGUUCUCUUGAGUUCAAAUUGCUUCAUUGUUGAGUUCCUAAUU